AUGCUGCCCUCCCCAGCCCUGCCUCAGACUGUCUCAGCAAAAUGCUGCCAUCCCCAGCCCUGCCUCAGACUGUCUCAGCAAAAUGCUGCCAUCCCCAGCCCUGCCUCAGACUGUCUCAGCAAAUGCUGCCAUCCCCAGCCCUGCCUCAGACUGUCUCAGCACGAUGCUGCCCUCCCCAGCCCUCCCUCAGACUGUCUCAGCAAAAUGCUGCCAUCCCCAGCCCUGCCUCAGACUGUCUCAGCAAAAUGCUGCCAUCCCCAGCCCUGCCUCAGACUGUCUCAGCAAAAUGCUGCCAUCCCCAGCCCUCCCUCAGACUGUCUCAGCAAAAUGCUGCCAUCCCCAGCCCUGCCUCAGACUGUCUCAGCACGAUGCUGCCAUCCCUCAGACUGUCUCAGACUGUCUCAACACGAUGCUGCCAUCCCCAGCCCUCCCUCAGACUGUCUCAGCAAAAUGCUGCCAUCCCCAGCCCUGCCUCAGACUGUCUCAGCACGAUGCUGCCAUCCCCAGCCCUGCCUCAGACUGUCUCAGCACGAUGCUGCCAUCCCCAGCCCUGCCUCAGACUGUCUCAGCACGAUGCUGCCAUCCCCAGCCCUGCCUCAGACUGUCUCAGCACGAUGCUGCCAUCCCCAGCCCUGCCUCAGACUGUCUCAACAAAAUGCUGCCAUCCCCAGCCCUGCCUCAGACUGUCUCAGCAAAAUGCUGCCAUCCCCAGCCCUGCCUCAGACUGUCUCAGCACGAUGCUGCCAUCCCUCAGACUGUCUCAGACUGUCUCACCACGAUGCUGCCCUCCCCAGCCCUGCCUCAGACUGUCUCAGCACGAUGCUGCCAUCCCCAGCCCUGCCUCAGACUGUCUCAGCAAAAUGCUGCCCUCCCCAGCCCUGCUUCAGACUGUCUCAGCAAAAUGCUGCCCUCCCCAGCCCUGCCUCAGACUGUCUCAGCACGAUGCUGCCAUCCCCAGCCCUGCCUCAGACUGUCUCAGCACGAUGCUGCCAUCCCCAGCCCUGCCUCAGACUGUCUCAACAAAAUGCUGCCCUCCCCAGCCCUCCCUCAGACUGUCUCAGCAAAAUGCUGCCCUCCCCAGCCCUGCCUCAGACUGUCUCAGCAAAAUGCUGCCCUCCCCAGCCCUGCCUCAGACUGUCUCAACACGAUGCUGCCAUCCCCAGCCCUGCCUCAGACUGUCUCAACACGAUGCUGCCAUCCCUCAGACUGUCUCAACACGAUGCUGCCAUCCCCAGCCCUCCCUCAGACUGUCUCAGCAAAAUGCUGCCCUCCACAGCCCUGCCUCAGACUGUCUCAACACGAUGCUGCCAUCCCCAGCCCUGCCUCAGACUGUCUCAACACGAUGCUGCCAUCCCUCAGACUGUCUCAGACUGUCUCAACACGAUGCUGCCAUCCCCAGCCCUCCCUCAGACUGUCUCAGCAAAAUGCUGCCAUCCCCAGCCCUGCCUCAGACUGUCUCAGCACGAUGCUGCCAUCCCCAGCCCUGCCUCAGACUGUCUCAGCACGAUGCUGCCAUCCCCAGCCCUGCCUCAGACUGUCUCAGCACGAUGCUGCCAUCCCCAGCCCUGCCUCAGACUGUCUCAGCACGAUGCUGCCAUCCCCAGCCCUGCCUCAGACUGUCUCAACAAAAUGCUGCCAUCCCCAGCCCUGCCUCAGACUGUCUCAGCAAAAUGCUGCCAUCCCCAGCCCUGCCUCAGACUGUCUCAGCACGAUGCUGCCAUCCCUCAGACUGUCUCAGACUGUCUCAACACGAUGCUGCCCUCCCCAGCCCUGCCUCAGACUGUCUCAGCACGAUGCUGCCAUCCCCAGCCCUGCCUCAGACUGUCUCAGCAAAAUGCUGCCCUCCCCAGCCCUGCCUCAGACUGUCUCAGCAAAAUGCUGCCCUCCCCAGCCCUGCCUCAGACUGUCUCAGCACGAUGCUGCCAUCCCCAGCCCUGCCUCAGACUGUCUCAGCACGAUGCUGCCAUCCCCAGCCCUGCCUCAGACUGUCUCAACAAAAUGCUGCCCUCCCCAGCCCUCCCUCAGACUGUCUCAGCAAAAUGCUGCCCUCCCCAGCCCUGCCUCAGACUGUCUCAGCAAAAUGCUGCCCUCCCCAGCCCUGCCUCAGACUGUCUCAACACGAUGCUGCCAUCCCCAGCCCUGCCUCAGACUGUCUCAACACGAUGCUGCCAUCCCUCAGACUGUCUCAGACUGUCUCAACACGAUGCUGCCAUCCCCAGCCCUCCCUCAGACUGUCUCAGCAAAAUGCUGCCCUCCACAGCCCUGCCUCAGACUGUCUCAACACGAUGCUGCCAUCCCCAGCCCUGCCUCAGACUGUCUCAACACGAUGCUGCCAUCCCUCAGACUGUCUCAGACUGUCUCAACACGAUGCUGCCAUCCCCAGCCCUCCCUCAGACUGUCUCAGCAAAAUGCUGCCCUCCACAGCCCUGCCUCAGACUGUCUCAGUAUGAUGCUGCCCUGCCUCAGACUGUCUCAGACUGUCUCAGUAUGAUGCUGCCCUGCCUCAGACUGUCUCAGCACGAUGCUGCCCUCCCCAGCCCUGCCUCAGACUGUCUCAGCAAAAUGCUGCCCUCCCCAGUCCUGCCUCAGACUGUCUCAGCAAAAUGCUGCCAUCCCCAGCCCUGCCUCAGACUGUCUCAGCAAAAUGCUGCCAUCCCCAGCCCUGCCUCAGACUGUCUCAACACGAUGCUGCCCUCCCCAGCCCUGCCUCAGACUGUCUCAGCACGAUGCUGCCAUCCCCAGCCCUGCCUCAGACUGUCUCAGCAAAAUGCUGCCCUCCCCAGCCCUGCCUCAGACUGUCUCAGCACGAUGCUGCCAUCCCCAGCCCUGCCUCAGACUGUCUCAGCACGAUGCUGCCAUCCCCAGCCCUGCCUCAGACUGUCUCAGCAAAAUGCUGCCAUCCCCAGCCCUGCCUCAGACUGUCUCAGCAAAAUGCUGCCAUCCCCAGCCCUGCCUCAGACUGUCUCAGCAAAAUGCUGCCAUCCCCAGCCCUGCCUCAGACUGUCUCAGCAAAAUGCUGCCAUCCCCAGCCCUGCCUCAGACUGUCUCAACACGAUGCUGCCCUCCCCAGCCCUGCCUCAGACUGUCUCAGCACGAUGCUGCCAUCCCCAGCCCUGCCUCAGACUGUCUCAGCACGAUGCUGCCCUCCCCAGCCCUGCCUCAGACUGUCUCAGCAAAAUGCUGCCAUCCCCAGCCCUGCCUCAGACUGUCUCAGCAAAAUGCUGCCAUCCCCAGCCCUGCCUCAGACUGUCUCAGCAAAAUGCUGCCAUCCCCAGCCCUGCCUCAGACUGUCUCAGCACGACGCUGCCAUCCCCAGCCCUGCCUCAGACUGUCUCAGCAAAAUGCUGCCCUCCCCAGUCCUGCCUCAGACUGUCUCAGCAAAAUGCUGCCCUCCCCAGUCCUGCCUCAGACUGUCUCAGCAAAAUGCUGCCCUCCCCUAAGGCGCAUUCUUAA